UGAUGUCUGGAUGACGUUGUAUGAGCCUGUGGCUCACUGGCUGCAUCUGUGGAGCCGGACAGGAGCAGGCACAGGUUCGAGCACCUCUGCGCCAGCAUGCACGCGCGCGAUGAGGACAAGAUCCUAUCGUCAGGAAGACUCCUACUUCUCCUCGCUAUAUCAGGAAGAUGUGCCAUGUGGUGAGGAUAGUCAGCCAGGUCUGUGACAUAAAACUGGGAAUCUCUUUCUGUGUCAGCCGAGCUUCUCAAGACUGUCAGCCUGAAAACGUGGAAAAGCUCCCAAGUUCCCGGCACUUCUAUUUCUUGAAUCAGUUGCCAGCGGAAGGGUGUCUUUGACAUCAAACAUUGAACACAAACUGUCCACUUAAAAAAAGGUGUUUAGCAGCUCCCUGCGGAAACAGGCAAGAAUUACAAGCUCUGAUCAUUGUUAUUAUUAUAACUGUUGAGCAUUGUAUUUUUUGCUGUCAUGGCCCGCAGUUCCUGCCAAAGAUGGAUUUUUUUGGUCAUAGUCUUCGGUCUCAACGCCUGCUGGUCGGCGGAAGAAAUCAAGCCCCGACUGAUUGUGAGGAGCCGUGUGGUCAGACGAGGUGACAAACUUACUUUAGGGUGCGAACUGAUUUCGUCUAGUCAGUACUACAUGAAUCUCCAGCACAAACCUUUUAACGGCAAGGACUUUUCUGAGGUGCAAAAUCAGAUUAAUGAAGAGGAAGAGCUGGAGUCUGGCCAGGGUUAUCGGCUGACCUCAGAACUGACCGUACAAAAUGCAAUGACAGAGGACAGUGGGCAGUACCGCUGCUUUGUGAAGAUCGCCAACGACCAACAGAUAGAAGGCAGUCCAGAGAGCGUGUUUGUAGUCGGUUCUGACCCUCUCAUUCUUUUGGAGAAGAAGGCGCCGCUGCUUCUAAAAAAGGGCAUUGACCUCAACAUCACGUGCGUCGGCGUGGCUCCCAUUGAAUGGAUUCGACCAAAAGACGAAGAGUUGCAGGUGCAGUCCGGCGACCUCGGGCAGUCUUAUGUCAUCAGCGGCCCUCUCAAGAUCGUGGAAUCCAAGCAAAUCUACCGGCGCAUCCUGCACGUGCACAACAUCACCUGUGCACAGGCCGGCCGUUACGUGUGCAGAACCUCUGUCAGCAGCAACGACAGUGCAAUCUCCGAUGCAACCGGAGCGAGUUCCGGACGUAACGUCACGAGUCCUUCAGCCCCGACGUGGUGGACAUAUUUAUCAGGAACUCCGAUCAGCUGUUGGUCCAGUCCGCCGAGGAAGUGACGCAGGAGAACGUGGUGCGCGCGCCGUCUGGAGAACCCAUGCUACUGCCGUGUGUCGCGUGCCACCAGAAGGCCAGCAUCAAACUCGUCCGAGUCCCUGCCGC